GCGUAAAGAGAGAAAUGAGGGAGGAAGAUUCCAAUUGGUUUGCUAAAUGGGAAGAAGAACUUCCUUCUCCGGAUGAGCUUAUGCCCUUAUCUCAAACCCUAAUUACGCCUGAUCUAGCCCUUGCUUUUGAUAUCCGCAACCCCCCAAACACGCCGUUGCCGCAAUCGCACCACCAGAACCAGCCGGCGCCGCCGGUGUCCGCCGUUCACACUCCAUCUUCGCAGCCGAACUCGUCGGCGGAAUUUGACUCGGCGGAGUUGGGGGCCGGCGGGGACGAGCCUGCCCGGACUCUCAAGCGGCCUCGCCUGGUGUGGACGCCGCAGCUGCACAAGCGGUUUGUGGACGCGGUGGCGCACUUGGGGAUCAAGAAUGCGGUGCCCAAGACCAUAAUGCAGCUGAUGAGUGUGGAUGGGCUGACCCGCGAGAACGUCGCCAGCCAUUUGCAGAAGUAUAGGCUCUAUCUGAAGCGUAUGCAGGGGUUGUCGAACGGCGGCGGCGGCGCCGGGAACAACUCCGGCGGCGGCGGGGGAGUGGAUCCCGCGACGGACCACUUGUUCGCGAGCUCGCCGGUGCCCGCCCAUUUUUUGCACCCGGGGAGGCCUAAUUCCGAGCAUUUCAUGCCGUUUGUGAGCGUUCCAACAAUGCAACACCACCACCAGAUGGCGGCGGUGGUGGGGCACCACCCCCAGCUUCAUCAGCCGUACAGGCAUUUCGGGUCACCCCCCAACGGCGGCCAGUUUGAGCAUCCUUUUCUUUCCCGGCAAUCCCAGCAGCGGGUCCAGAGGAUGGGGACUCCUGUACAUAAUAGCAGCCCUGUUGUACCACCGUAUGUGGAUGACGUGGAAUCCGCCACCGCCGCCGCAAACGGCCGGAAAGUCCUCACACUCUUCCCCACCGGAGAUGACUGAAAUGAAUUGGGGAUGGAUACUGAUUAGUAAGAGCCAUUGCAGUGUAGCUAGAGAUGUAAGAACGAGAUUUUCAUCAAGGGGCGGCAAGUUAAGGCAAUAUAUAUAUAUACUGAUUUCUCCUGCCCAUAUGGAGCUUAAUUGAUUCUCUCGCUAGCUCUUCUUAGUUUAGAUGUGAAUUGAACAUGAACCUUGCUUCUUGUACAUUGUCUGUUUAAUUGCAUAGUGAACUAAACUGUCUAUUAUAUUGCCUAUUGGAGAAUCCUCAGCUCCUCGAUUGAGAACAUACAAUAAUACAGUCACAAUCUUGAUGUUAUCUAUGAAGAUCAGAUUUUUAUUGCUUA